CGCGGCCCGGCCCGCUCAAGAUGGCGGUGCGGAAGAAGGACGGCGGCCCCAACGUCAAGUACUACGAGGCCUCGGACACCGUCAGCCAGUUCGACAACGUGCGGCUCUGGCUCGGCAAGAACUACAAGAAGUACAUCCAGGCCGAGCCCCCCACCAACAAGUCGCUGUCGAGCCUGGUGGUGCAGCUGCUGCAGUUCCAGGAGGAGGUGUUCGGGAAGCACGUCAGCAACGCGCCCCUCACCAAGCUGCCGAUCAAAUGCUUCCUGGAUUUCAAGGCGGGGGGAGCCCUGUGCCACAUCCUGGCAGCCGCCUAUAAAUUCAAGAGCGACCAAGGAUGGCGGCGUUUCGAUUUCCAGAAUCCCUCGCGCAUGGACCGCAACGUGGAGAUGUUCAUGACCAUCGAGAAAUCCCUGGUGCAGAACAACUGCCUGGCUCGGCCCAACAUCUUCCUGCACCAGGAGAUCGAGCCCAAACUGCUGGGAAAGCUCAAGGACAUCGUCAAGAGGCACCAGGGCACCGUGACCGAGGACAAGAGCAACGCGUCGCACAUCGUCUGCCCCGUGCCCGGGAACCUGGAGGAAGAGGAGUGGGUCCGGCCCGUCAUGAAGCGCGACAAGCAGGUGCUGCUGCACUGGGGGUACUACCCCGACAGCUAUGACACCUGGAUCCCGGCCAGCGAGAUCGAGGCGUCCGUGGAGGAUCCCCCGACACCGGAGAAGCCCCGGAAGGUCCACGCCAAGUGGAUCCUGGACACGGACACCUUCAACGAGUGGAUGAACGAGGAGGAUUACGAGGUGACGGACGAGAAGAGCCCCGUCACCCGCAGGAAGAAGAUCUCGGCCAAGACACUGACAGACGAGGUGAACAGCCCCGACUCAGACCGGCGGGACAAGAAGGGGGGCAACUACAAGAAGAGGAAGCGCUCGCCCUCGCCCUCGCCCACCCCCGAGGCCAAGAAGAAGAACGCGAAGAAGGGACCCUCUACCCCCUAUAACAAAUCCAAGCGUGGGCACCGCGAGGAGGAGCAGGAGGACCUGACCAAGGACAUGGACGAGCCCUCACCUGUCCCCAACGUGGAGGAGGUCACUCUGCCCAAAACAGUCAACACCAAGAAGGACUCGGAGUCGGCGCCCGUCAAGGGGGGCACCAUGACAGACCUGGAUGAGCAGGAAGAUGAGAGCAUGGAGACAGCUGGCAAGGACGAGGAGGAGAACGGCACCGGCAGCAAAGGGGAGCAGGCCAAGAACCCCGACCUGCACGAGGACAACGUGACAGAGCAGACCCACCACAUCAUCAUCCCCAGCUACGCCGCCUGGUUCGACUACAACAGCGUCCACGCCAUCGAGCGCCGCGCCCUGCCCGAGUUCUUCAACGGCAAAAACAAAUCCAAGACCCCCGAAAUCUACCUGGCCUACCGGAACUUCAUGAUCGACACGUACCGGCUGAACCCGCAGGAGUACCUGACCUCCACGGCCUGCCGGCGCAACCUGGCCGGGGACGUCUGUGCCAUCAUGCGGGUCCACGCCUUCCUGGAGCAGUGGGGUCUCAUCAACUACCAGGUGGACGCCGAGAGCCGGCCCACCCCCAUGGGCCCCCCGCCCACCUCGCACUUCCACGUGCUGGCCGACACGCCCUCGGGGCUGGUGCCGCUGCAGCCCAAGACGCCCCAGGGCCGGCAGAGCGACGGCGACGCCAAGACGGGCCGCAAGAGCAAAGAGAUGGAGGAGCUGGUCAGCGAGACGGUGAAGGGCAAGCCGGAGCUGCAGCAGCCCACCUCGGCCUCGCAGCAGAUGCUGAACUUCCCGGACAAGGGCAAGGAGAAGCCGGCGGACAUGCAGAACUUCGGGCUCCGCACCGACAUGUACACCAAGAAGAAUGUCCCCUCCAAGAGCAAAGCCGCCGCCAGCGCCACUCGGGAGUGGACGGAGCAGGAGACGCUGCUGCUGCUGGAGGCCCUGGAGAUGUACAAGGACGACUGGAACAAGGUGUCGGAGCACGUGGGCAGCCGCACGCAGGACGAGUGCAUCCUGCACUUCCUGCGCCUGCCCAUCGAGGAUCCCUACCUGGAGGACUCGGAAGCCUCGCUGGGGCCCCUGGCCUACCAGCCCAUCCCCUUCAGCCAGUCGGGCAACCCCGUGAUGAGCACCGUGGCCUUCCUGGCCUCCGUGGUGGAUCCGCGCGUGGCCUCGGCCGCGGCCAAGUCGGCUCUGGAGGAAUUCUCCAAGAUGAAGGAGGAGGUGCCCACGGCGCUGGUGGAGGCCCACGUGCGCAAGGUGGAGGAGGCGGCCAAGGUGACGGGCAAGGCCGACCCCGCCUUCGGGCUGGAGAGCAGCGGCAUCGCCGGCACCACCUCGGACGAGCCCGAGCGCAUCGGUCAGAGGGGCCAGGGGCCGGGCAGGGGCUCACGGGGGUCUGGGGUGGGGAUGGCACCGGGGUCUGAGCCCGGGUUUGUGUCCCCAGAGGAGAGCGGGGCGGAGGAGGCGCGGGCAGAGGCGCAGCCGGCCGAGGAGAAGAAGGAGGCGAAGGAGCCCCGGGAUGGCACCGCCGAGGAGGAGGCCAAGGAGAAGCCUGGGGAAACCCCCAAGAAGGAGGAGGACAAGGGGAAGGAGGUGGAGGGCGAGAAGGAGCCCGACAAGGGUGACAGUGACAGCACAGGGGAGCCCGAGAAGGAGAAGGAGGUGAAGGAGGGGCCCGACGAGGCGCCCAAGGAGCCCCCGGAGCCCGAGGGCGAGCGCAAGGCCAAGGUGGAGCGGGACAUCGGCGAGGGGAACCUGUCCACGGCCGCCGCCGCCGCGCUGGCCGCCGCCGCCGUCAAGGCCAAGCACCUGGCGGCCGUGGAGGAGCGCAAGAUCAAGUCCCUGGUGGCGCUGCUGGUGGAGACGCAGAUGAAGAAGCUGGAGAUCAAACUGCGGCACUUCGAGGAGCUGGAGACCAUCAUGGACCGCGAGCGCGAGGCCCUGGAAUACCAGCGGCAGCAGCUGCUGGCCGACCGCCAGGCGUUCCACAUGGAGCAGCUCAAGUACGCGGAGAUGCGCGCCCGGCAGCAGCACUUCCAGCACCUGCAGCAGCAGCAGCAGCAGCAGCAGCCCCCGCUGCCCCCCGGGGCACAGCCCCUGCCCGCCGCCGGUGCCCCCCUGGCCCCCGCCGCCCACCCGCUGGCCGCACCGCCCGCCCCCGCCAUGGUGGGCCCCGCCGAGCCCGUGGGGCAGCCCCUGCCCGGGGCCCCCCCGCCGCAGCCGCCGCCGCCCCCGGGAGCCCCGGCUGUCCCACACGCCCCGGCGCCGUUCCCCGGGCAGCAGCCGCCGCCCUCGCAGAGCCUGGCGGGGACCCUCGGCGGCGGCAGCAGCGGCAGCAGCAGCAGCAGCGGCCACCCCGCCGUGCCCGGUAAUGCCACCGCGGCCCUGCCCUUCGGGUUGCCCGCGCCCACCGUGCCCCCGAGCAUGGCUAACCCCCCCUGCGAGCCCUUCCCCGCUAACCCGGCCCCCCUCCCGCUGCAUGGGGCCCUGGCCAGCAGCAUGCCGGGGGUGGGGGGGCUGCCCCCCAACUCCCACCCAGCCGGCCUGGCCCUGCCGCCGCUGCCGGGGGGCUCGGCCGCCGCGCACAGCCCCGCCAUCGUGGCCGCCGUGCAGGGAAGCCUCCUUCCCAACCCCGGCCUCCUCGCAGACCAAGGUCCCCCCCUGCCGCCGGACCCCAUCGUGCCCACCCCCAGCACGGCCACCCCCGUGCCCCCCACGCAGUGAGCCCCGGCCGGGACCCCCCCCGGACGCCGCAGCCCCCCCGGCCCGGCCCCUCCCGCCCCCACAAGGCGCCUCGAAGGACCCUCCCCACGCCCCC